AUGUCGGUUCCGCCUCGAUUCCGGUCAGUUGACUCCGGUGAGAGAGACUUCCGAUCAAUUCUUGGUCCUACCGGGAACAAGCUGCAGAGGAAACCACCGGGGAUGAAACUGGAGAAGCCGACGAUGGAGAAGAAGACAAUCGAGUCAAAAGAUGAAAAAACGAAGAAAUCGGAUACUCCGGCUUCACCGACGACGACUCUGAAGCAAUGCUCGUCUCUUUGCUCUUCGAUUCUGAGAAGGAACAGUGCUUCGAUGACUGCUUCGUAUUCUUCUGAUGCUUCGUCUUCUUGCGAGUCAUCGCCUUUGAGCGUGGCGUCUUCUUCGAGCUGUAAGAAGGCUGUGAGGCGAAAUGGGUCUGUUUCCUCGACAAGGAAGCAGAGUUGUGGGAAAGAAGAAGAGAAGGUUGCUGGUAAUGGUGAUUGUUUCGCUGAUGGUCGUAAAAGAUGUGCCUGGAUCACGCCUAAAUCUGACCCGUGUUAUGUUGCUUUCCACGACGAAGAAUGGGGAGUUCCUGUACAUGAGGACAAGAAACUUUUCGAGUUGUUAUGCCUCUCUGGUGCUCUAGCCGAACUCUCUUGGACCGACAUUCUCUCCAGAAGACAAUUACUCAGGGAAGUUUUCAUGGACUUUGAUCCAGUUGCUGUUUCCGAACUGAACGAGAAAAAGUUAAUGGCUUCCAUUUCCUUACUAUCAGAGGUCAAAAUCCGAUCAAUCCUCGAUAACUCACGCCAUGUGCGCAAGAUUAUAGCUGAAUUCGGAUCAUUUAAGAAGUACCUGUGGAACUUUGUGAACAACAAGCCUACACAGAGCCAGUUCAGGUAUCAACGACAAGUCCCUGUGAAGACAUCAAAAGCUGACUUUAUAAGCAAAGAUCUUGUACGCAGAGGCUUUCGAAGCGUUAGUCCAACGGUUAUUUACUCCUUUAUGCAAGCAGUUGGUCUCACAAACGACCAUCUCAUAGGCUGCUUCAGAUACCAAGACUGUUGCGUAGAUGCAGAGACAACAACAACAACAAUAACGAAGGCGAAGAAGAAGAAUGAGCGAGAGUGA